AUGACUGCUCCAUCUCUAGCAUCUACAGGCAUUGACAUCAAGCCUGAGCUAGAAGCUGCUCAGUCGUCCACAGACAUCUCCGCUUCUGCUGCCCUCCAGCCCUUUGGCCGUGUGCACGAUAUCCUCAAUGACGACACUUCUUCACCUUUCAUCAACGGUCACGGAGCUCUGCUCGCACCUGCUCUGUGCCACCCACACAUUCACAUCGACAAGGCUUAUCUUCUCUCUCAUCCCAAGUACGCUCAACUGCAAAUUGAAGAGGGCACCUUCGACGAAGCAAUGACUCUGACUUCCAAGGCAAAAUCCUCCUUUGAACACGAUGACUUGCUCGAACGUGGCUUGCGCGUUGUCGAUGAAAGUGUUAGAGCUGGUGUGACUUCCAUGAGAGCCUUUGUCGAGGUUGAUCCCAUAGUUGGUCUUGAAUGUAUCCAAGCAGGGAAAUCUCUCAAAGACAAGGCCCACUCUCGAUGCCAUAUUCAAUUAUGCGCGUUUGCUCAGCUGCCUUUGUUCUCUGGUGAAGACGAAGGCAAAGAGAUAAGAGGCCUCUUUGAAGAAGCUCUCAGGACGUCAAACUCCGCUGAUGUAAUGGGCAGUACGCCGUACGUCGAAGACGACCGCAACAAGAUGGAGAAGAAUGUUGACUGGACAAUUGAUCUUGCUCUCGAGAAACACCUUCAUCUUGACUUCCAUCUAGACUAUAACCUUGAUCCCGACACUGAGCCAUUGGUCUGGUAUGUGAUAGACACACUCAAGGCUAAAGGCUGGACAACUCGUACCAACAAGACAAUUGUCCUGGGACACUGUACCCGCCUGUCUCUGUUCAAAGAUGAUGAAUGGAAGCGACUCAGAGAGGAGAUCGCUGACCUGCCCAUCAGCUUCGUUGGUCUGCCAACCUCUGACUUGUUCAUGAUGAGAACAGAAACUGGUGCUCGUGGGACGUUGCCUAUUCCCAAGCUGAUCAAAGACUAUGGCUUCAACGCUGCCGUGUCUAUCAACAACAUCGGCAAUGCUUUCACACCACAAGGCAGUUGCGAUCCCCUCUCGGUAGCAAGUCUGGGCGUCGGUGUCUACCAAGCCGGUACAAAGAGAGACGCAGAGAUCCUUUACGAGUGUGUCUCCACCAGGGCCAGGACCGCUAUUGGCCUCUCCACCAAAGUCAACUCGAAAUCUGUCAAUAAGCUCUCGCUGGAGCCUGAUCAACCCGCAGAUAUGCUUUUGUUCAGCAAGGAGACUUCAGGUUGGAGAACCAGACGCACCGUCUCGGAAGCCGUAUAUCUUUACGACGGGGCUCGUGAGAGGAAAGUCUUUAAAAGCGGGCUACUGAUCGAGUAG